AUGUUAUCCUCGCUGGCCAUCCGGGUCCCGUCUGCAGCGUCCGCUCUCGCUUUUAGCAACCAUGGUUCUCUCUGCGUCGGUUCAGAUGACGGCACGCUACGCUUUUAUGAGCUGCCCGGAGAAAAGGUCGUCAGGGCUGUCAGGGCGCUGGGUUCGGAGGUGUCGUGUGUCGCAUGCAAGAAGACGAGGGACGGAGCGCCCAUUGAGGUGUGGGCUGCGAGCGGUCGUCGGGUGGUCGCGUUCCCUGUGCGGCGCGACAAGAUGAUCAUGACGGAGGGAGACGCAACAUGUGUACUGGAGCUCGGAGAGGACGAGGAUGAUGUGCUGAAUGAGCUUAGUGUGAGCGACAGUGGGAAGCACCUCGCGUUCAGCACCGAUAGUGGGACCGUCGGCGUCGUCGAGCUGUCUAGCAAGGCCGUCACCAGGAUGAAGGCACGCCACACCAGCGUCUGCGGAACAGUCAAGUUCAUCCCUGGUCGUUCCAGCGAGCUCGUCAGCGGAGGGUACGAUUCGGCGCUGCUGCACUACGACUUCAUACAGAACACCGUCCUCUCGCGAUUCGAUAUCACUGCUCCCCCUCCGUCAUCGGGUGUCUCCCUCUCCCCUCCUUUCAUUCUCUCCACCGCGAUAGCACCAAACGGUUUGUUCGCGGCGAGCACAGCGGACGGGCGAGUGUGGCUGGGCGGAGGAGGCGAGAAGCGUCAGUCGGGAGCGAAGAAGCGGAGUAGAAAGUGGGAGGGCCUGCGGGACGAGGAGGGCUUGUGGGUGCAAGUGGCUGACGGGCCCGUCGUCGCAUUGGCGUUCAUGCCUGGAAGAAACGAACUCAUGGCAGCUACGUUACUCGGCAACAUCACUGGGCACACGAUCACUCGCGAUGCAUCGGGAAAGUUGCAGAGCACAGCGAUAUGGUCUGAUAAAGUCAAACAUAUUGAGAAGGUCAACGCGAUGGCUGUUGAUGAGGGGUGGGUUUGUAUAGGAGGAGUGGAGAAGGCCGGGAAGGGUGUUGUGGAGGUAUGGAAUGUUGGUGAGAUUACCCAUCGGCACGCAUGA